GCCAAAGGCUGCCGGGGUCUCCGUCACGGCCUUGCGCCGCCCGAGGCCGCGACGGCAAGGAGGAUUGGUUCUGCCAUGGUGAAGGCCUUCCAAGACAUGUUUGACGCAGGGCUGGUGCAUGGCGAUCUUCACCUGCACAACGCGGGCCUGAAAGAUAUGGAUUCGACACCCGCUGUCCAGCUGAUCGACUUCGGGCGCUCUGCGAGCAAGGCGGCAUGUACAGGUAAGCCUUGCGGCGAGGCAUUCCGUGCUGGCCACGAGUACGAUGUGUGCCGAUUCGUGGUGGAGUUGUGCCAAGCAUUUGAUGCGUUGCAGUACGACUUCGAAGAGAUGAUCCAGGAAUGCCAGAAGGAGCUGAAAGAGCUUAAGAAGACCAAGGAGGCUGCUGCUCCAACUAGU